GAUUUCUUCCAUUUAAUGUCUUGUGCUUCGUCAUCGAACUACGAGAAGUGACAUUCCGAUAGCAUAUGAAACUAAAUACUUUCAAACUAAUAUUACUUCAUCCACUGCCAGAACAACAAUGACCUCCAUCAAUUCUUUGAUCUUUGUCCUUACUGCUGCCUAUUAUUCACUGGUUCCUCCUGUGGAUGGACAUGGUCGUCUGUGGGAGCCACCCAGCCGUAGCACUAUGUGGAUGAGAGGCUUUAAGACCCCAACCAACUACAACGACAACGAACUGAACUGUGGAGGCUUUAGACAUCAGUUGGAUCAAGGCUACAAGUGUGGUGUCUGUGGGGACCCGUAUGAUGGAGAGAAAACAAACGAGGAGGGUGGUAUGUACGCCACUGGUCAGAUUAGCAGAACCUACGAGAUGGGUCAACUCAUUACUAUACAAGUGGAAAUCACCUCAAAUCAUCUAGGCUAUUGUGAGUUUAAACUUUGCCCUAAAACCAGCAGAACUGAUAGAACAACUCAGGACUGUCUUGACCGUUACCCUUUGGCUCUAGCUGACGGAUCUGGAUAUAAGUAUAAACUCUCAAGGGAAUCUAAAUUAUAUUCUGUGGAUGUCUUUCUACCAGCUGGACUUACCUGUGAUUUUUGUGUGUUGCAGUGGCGAUAUCAUACAGGAAACAGCUGGGGAGAGGAUCCUAACGGAGUGCAAUGUGUAGGCUGUGGUCCUCAAGAAGAGUUCUAUGGAUGUGCAGAUGUCAGAAUCAUUGCCCGAGAUUCUCAAAGUAAUGGUCAGCCUGCUUCAUCGUUAAGCUAUUUUGUUCCGGCCCAGGCAGCCACUCAGACUUUCACUAAAGAACGUCUACAAGGACUGAGCCAAGCACCAAACGAAACUCCUACUCAAAAUUCACUUACUCAGAGUCCUACUUCAAGUCCUACACAAGCACGAGGUUCAAUUAAAAUGGGGUCCACUAAAUAUUUCACUCAGGCAUCGAACAGUGUCAACUACUUUGAGAACGCGUAUGGCUGUAGAAGCCUGAGCCGCCAACCAGAAUUGGAUUUCUGGUGCAAAGUUAACUGCUGGGCAGGGAAUUGUCCAGCAUCACAUUGCUGGUGCUCCAUUGGAUUGGUAAAUGUGUGUAGCUCCAACGAAGCCUUUUCCGGCAAUUCAGAUAUAGAUCAAUGGUGUGCUACUAACUGUGCCAUGGGCUAUUGCCCUGCAAUGUUCUGUGCCUGUGUCUAGUUGGCCAAUCAUAUUAUAUUUGAUGAAAUGUGACAAAAUAUGUCGAUCACAAGUAGGUCCGAGUAGUGCCAUAGACUACUGCACACUUCCUUAGUCUUCAGACUUAAAGGCGAUGCCUUCUUUCUAUUAUUACUUGUACAUUAUCACCUUAUUAAUAGAUUUCUCUAAAUAUUGAAAA